UGUAAAGCUCGAGAGCUCGAUCAAUGAGCAUGGCCGAGGAGGGCAGUGCGAGCAAGUAUGUGCGGCUUCAAGGAUUCCAUGGCAAGUACUUGUGGGCCGAGGACGACUUUGUGACGGUCUCUCAAGACAGAGAUGGGACGAGUACGAUGGCUUCGCUGUGGAGAGUCGAGCAAGUCGGGCACAGCCAGCGCCUGAGGCUCAAGAGCUGCUACGAUUGCUACCUCACUGCGUCGGACAUUCCUUGCCUGGGGGGAGCUACAGGGAAGAAAGUGCUGCAAACGAGGCCGUCGAAGCUGGACUGCGCGGUCGAGUGGGAGCUUGUCGUGGUGGACGAGAUUACUGUGAAGCUGAGAGUGGAGCACAGUGGAAACUUUCUUCAGGCCAACAGCUGCUUGCCGCCGUGGAGGAGCUCUGUGACACACGAUUGCUUCUGUCCGGAGUGGAGCUUGUGGAAAGUCGAGGUUGUGGACUCGCCUCCAUCGAAACUCCAGGUUUCUUCGCUGCCGAAAAUGCCGCCGCUCUACGACGGACGCAUCGUCUUCUACAUGGUGGCCGAGGCGGAGUCGGAGGUGAGCGACGCGUCGCACUGGCACUACGUGUUCUUCCGGGGCCGGAGCCCGGACAAGCUCGCAAAGAAGCUCCGCAAGGAGAUCGACGUGGUGGACGACAAGAGCUUCGCGGUUUGUAUCCGGCACCCGGCCAACAGUAGCAAGCUCUAUCCGCUCCACUUGGAACUGCCUCCAGGUACCUCUCCCAUUUAUCUCGUUGUUCUCAAGUCGUCAUCUUCGUCCUCGAGAUCUCUAAGGUCCGGUUAAUCCUUUCCGAGUAUUUAUAGCGGAGGGUUUUCUUUGUCUCUUCAAGGAAAGAAGUUCUUGCAAAGUGAUGGGCUGGUUCAUGGAUCUUCUCGUUUGUGUGGCCGUGGCGUGCGUUUGCGCUUGCUGUGCCAAGGGGUGGAGCAAAGAACACCAUCACGGUGAUCAUCACCAUCACAGUGACCACCACCACCACCACCACUGAGGAGAAAAAGGACGAAGACGAUCUUAAUAAUGUUUAAUUAUGACUAGUUAAUGUCAUUAGCAUCGAUCCA